UAACUUGCAUCUUGGGAAGAGGGCCAAGACUCUGGUGUGAAUGAUGCUUUCCUUAUCCUGGAGCAACUUCCUUUCUGGGAACUGGGUGUCUCCUUCUGGGCAAAGACAAUAAAAUUUAUCCAAGGGACCAGAGGAGCAGGGCUCCUCCUGCCCCCACCCGGAUGGGCAUCACGUGGCUCCCUGGUUAGCAGUUCAGGAAAAUCCCAGCCGUUGCACAGUUGGCCUCCCAUAUCCAUCUCCUCACCCACCCUGACACACUCAGUCUCUGGGACCCACCUUGAACAUUCACCAUUGCCCACUCCCUGGCACGCUUUCACCCUCAGCUUCUGCCACCUCUCUCUGGGCAAUAUUGCCAGCCUUUCCCUAAUCCCAGAGCUGCAGCCUUGCCCUGUCACUCACCCCAAAACCCACCAUGUCCCUGGGGCCACUGAAAUUUCAGGCAGUGGGUGAAGAAGAUGAGGAGGAUGAGGAGGAAGAGAGCCUGGACUCUGUGAAGGCACUGACAGCCAAGCUGCGGCUGCAGACACGGCGGCCCUCAUACCUGGAGUGGACAGCCCGGGUCCAGAGCCAGGCCUGGCGCAGGGCCCAAGCCAGACCUGAGCCAGGGGGACCUGGGGCCAUCUGCGGCUUCGACUCAAUGGACUCCGCCCUUGAAUGGCUCCGACGGGAGCUGCGGGAGAUGCAAGCUCAGGACCGGCAGCUGGCGGGGCAGCUGCUGCGGCUGCGGGCCCAGCUGCACCGGCUGAAGGUGGACCAAGCCUGUCACCUGCACCAGGAGCUACUGGACGAGGCCGAGCUGGAGCUGGAGCUGGAGCCGGGGGCUGGCCUGGCCUUGGCCCCGCCGCUGCGGCACCUGGGCCUCACGCGCAUGAACAUCAGCGCGCGGCGCUUCACCCUCUGCUGAGGGGCACCCGCGUACUUCCUGGGGCACCCGCCGCCCCUUCCCCAGCCCACCCGGGAAGGGAGAAGGGAGGGGUGCCCCAGAGGCGCCAGCACCUGGCAGCGGUGGGGGUUGGGGGCCACUCAGCUCUCUGGGAGCGUAAAGUGCUAGCAUCCUGUCCCCACUGCUGCCCCAGCUGGGGGUGUGCGGGAGGAAGGGGAGGAGCUCAUACACCCCAGGCUCCUCAAUAAACGCCCU